AUGGCAUCAACUAUUGUUACGGGCUCGGAAACACUCCGCAAAAGGCUCCCGUUUCGGUUCAAGACGGAUGACCAGGAUGAAGAUCCCAUUCUCGACGAACAAGAGCAGGAGGAGGUGAUAAACAGCAUCCAGACUGAAAACAGCCGGAGAAACGAUCAGUAUACGUUGAUGUACCAGCUCACGCUGGGCCUGUCAGGCUUCUUGCAUUUGGUCUACCUCUUCUCUCCCAAUACGGACAGUCCGUUAGCGCCUUUCCUAUCGUCCGAUCCGUCUCGAACGCAAUGGUCCAAGCCCUCCAUCGCCGUGUUUGUUCUCUUCCAGGUCACGCUCCACGCCGGCUUCGGCCUUCUAUUCCUCACCAGACACGAGGAGGAGUGGCUGACCGAGCGAGGCGUGAUACCUCUUCCAAUGUCGUUGUCAUAUCGCAGAUUGCUCAUAUGCAGCGCAAUUAUACCGUCCCUCAGCUUUCUGGCAGGCAGGGAUUGGGCGACGGUGAUUUGGUGGUGUACGGCGGGGGUCAUGGGGAUGUUUGGCCAGACGUUGAGGAAAUGGAUGUCCCAAGGCGACCAGAAGAUUCAGCGGCUGGAGGAGCUGCGAUAUGUUGCCCCCGGGGCGUGA